UGUCGCCCGGAAAGCGCUCCGCCGCGCCUGGCGGGACUAGUGCCGGGCGCGCGCAGCGGUCCUGGGCGGAGCGGAAGACGCGUGGAGCCGUGCGAGGACCCGUGGGUUGUGCAGGUGUGAGUCCCACCGAGAUUCCUCGUUUGGGUCUCCGCGCCUCUGUGGGGACCAGACGUCUGGCCGGAGCCCGGCAGCUGCGAGAGUGGAGCUCCUUGGCCGGGCCCUGCCGGAGGUCGUGCCGGGUGUCUCUUUGUGAGCGGGGACCUGGUUUCUGCGCGGGCGCUUACAUUAAGAUUUUGUGGGCCCUCUGGGAAAAGGGUGUCCAAAUUUUCCCUAAAAAAAAUUUUUUUUCAGUGUAUUCCACCCCAAGAAAAGUCUGUCCAGACAAAGUUAGUCCCCUAGGAACCCUAUUCUUUAUUUUUUAGUGUUUGGAGUGGUUUGGGGGCAUUGGUUAUCAGGGAAGGAGAAACUUAGUACAGACAUAGUGUGCCAUGCAAUGUAUUUAAAAUAUUAAGGUUAUGAUUACAUAAUAAGCAAAGAGGCGGUCCCUUAUGGCUGAAUUAUUUGGGGGGAAUGUAGGAUAAGUCAGGAAGUAUAUUAACACUGCAAGCUGCCAAUUCCACGAAGUUGGAUGUUAAAUCGCUGCUUGACUCAAAACCACAAUAUUUUAAGAAUUACUUCUGUCGGAGCCCCAAUGUACCGUGAAAAACUAAGGCAAGACUGUCUACCACAUGUUGGGUGGUGUGUAUGGAGGGUGCUGUUAACCUGUAUGAAAAAGUUGGUACCUUGGGUUUUUUAACAUGGAUGUUGGACCUGUACAUAUGUGACCAGGUUCUUAAAAAUAGGGGAAAAAAAAUUGAAGUAGGUUUUAUCUAGUACUGAAUUGGUCCAAAGUACAGAAUAGGGGAGUUUUAUAUAAUGUUCCAUUGGGAACUGAGUCAACUUGUAGCUAGGAGCCUUUUCCAUUUUUAUUUUAGAAAAAAAAAAAAAAAUCUGCCAGGCUGCUAAUUCUGCCAUGCUGCAGAUGGCCCAUAAAUGUUUGUCAGAUACUUCAGUAGCAGGUGCAUAGUGUAUACUUCUUUUUCAGAAUGGUUUUGAUUUAGUUAACAAGUAUUUGUUCAAUUCCUCAUGCUGCCCUAAGACAUAGGAACAGGACAGAUCCGUAAAGAAUUCUGCUGUUGGAGAGCUGACUGCUAGGAGGGAUAGUUUCACUAAAAGUGCAUCUAUGAUAUGUGUUUUAGAAAUAAAAGUUAAACUUUGGUCUGAAUGAAAAAUGUCUCUCAAUACACCUAUAUUUCUCAAAGAAAGGGAAGAAGGUAAUUCAAAAUUUGUGGAAAUGCAACAGUCACAAACUACAUCCAUAGCUGCAGAAUAUCCUCUUCAAAACUUAUGCUUAGCAUCUCAAGAAGUUCUUCAAAAAGCUCAGCAAAAUGGAAGAUCAAAAUGUCUCAAGUGUGGUGGUUCAAGAAUGUUCUACUGCUAUACAUGUUACGUCCCAGUUGAGAAUGUACCUAUUGAACAGAUACCACGUGUGAAGCUUCCAUUGAAGAUUGACAUCAUUAAACAUCCAAAUGAAACAGACGGCAAAAGCACUGCUAUACAUGCAAAACUCUUAGCACCUGAAUUUGUGAAUAUUUAUACAUAUCCUUGUAUUCCAGAAUAUGAAGAAAAGGACCAUGAAGUUGCACUUGUUUUUCCUGGACCUAACUCUGUUUCAGUAAAAGAAAUUUCUUUUCAUCUCCAAGAAAAGAUUCAAAAUAAUGUUGGAGGCAAAAAUGAUGACCUUGACAAGCCAUUCAUUAAACGCAAGAAAACUGAAGAACAGGAUUUGAAUGACAGCAAGUGCAAAGACACAACACUGAAAAAAAUUGUAUUCAUAGAUAGCACCUGGAACCAAACAAACAAAAUAUUCACUGAUGAGAGACUGCAAGGGUUGCUACAAGUUGAGUUGAAAACAAGAAAAACUUGCUUUUGGCGCCAUCAAAAAGGAAAGCCAGAUACCUUCCUUUCCACAAUUGAAGCCAUUUACUACUUUCUGAGCUACUGGUGACAUCUCUGCUGCAGGUGGCAAGAACUUGCCUUAGAAUGAAGCCAGCAAAAGAAAGCAGAGUGGAGAGAUAAAAAGACUGAGUCCUGAGGACAUCAUUUAAUCAUCUAAUCUAGCUGCUUGUGAAUGGAACCCUACUGUGCUGAAUAGCUUCUGUUUGCCCUCUGGAUCCAAACUCCACUCUUUCCCAUUCUGCUCUCUGCUCUGUGAGGUAGGUCCCCUUGACCACUGGCUUUUGCUUGGGAUCAGCAAAUGGAAGCACUGCAGGAGAUUGAGGGUUGAAAGGAAAAUGAAAUUAUUUAUUUCCCUUGCUCCUUUCCUGGCAGGUCACCAUGGGUUGGGUGUGUCCUUCUACUGAUGGUCAUCCUAUCAGGCAUCCCUUUCCCAGCAGUUAUUCCAGUUAACUUCAGGCCCAUGCUUCCUCCGUUUACCCCUUUUCACUUAUAUCGUGAUGAGGCCAGGGUAUUAAUAGCCCCAGAGUAGGUCAUUAUACCUUGCUGGUUUUCCUAAACCCUGCCUAUACCUUUGUAAAUAGUAAUUUUAUUAUAUUUUUCUCAAAUGUCCCCAUUUGAAGUUGCCCUCUUUCUGGGACACUGACUGUUAAAUUUCACCCAUGUGGGUGCUAGAAAUAACAGUACAUUUCCCAAAGUAUACUCAGUGGGACACGUGUUUUUAUGAAUAAAUGAGUAAUUGGUAAAAUUUGUUUGCUGUACCUUAUAUUCCCCUGUUAGAGAUUCAAAAGGCACAAAAUGAAAGUGCUGAAAAGUCCUGAAAUAAACAUUUUGAACUUUAUUUAAGUUAGUAUUUCUUAAACUUAUUUGAAUAAGUAAUACCUGCUAAUAUACUGUGGAAAUAGAACAUUUGAAACAUUGUACUUUAGAGCAGUCCCUGAUUAAUAUAUAUGUGGCAGUUGAGGCCUAAAGAGAUUAAGUAACUUGCCUAUAAGGUCACACAACUAAUUAGUGGUAGAACCUUAUCUAGAAUCUAGGACUUUUGAUUUGGUUCAGUGAGGUCACCAUUAUAUUAUGCUUUUCAUUAAAAGGAAUAUGGAUUAUAUAAGGUUUGAAUAUUAUUAGUCCCAUAUUCUUAGCCAGAUAAACUAGCUGACUUGCCUAUUAGUUAAUAGGCAAUAACUGGCUAGCAGUUAUUUUUCAAGAAUGGAAUUAAAAUGGAUUUCUUCAUGUUUAGAACUUGACCUUGGGAACAGAAGAAGGCCUGAAUUGAUUUAAGCAGGGCCAAAGUUGGAUUCCUCUGGGCUAAAUUUGAACUUUCCUGAGCCAAAAUCUAUUGCCAUUUAACUGGCUCUCCAAACCAACAAAAUAUAAUUGUUAAAAGGGAGAGGGGGGAAAAAAGAACUCAUUUGCCCCUAUCUUACAGCUGUCUUAAGAAAGAUAACCCAUAUACUCCAUAAGAGCCUAAUUUAUAACUAAGGCCAGAAAAAUCUUAAGUUUUUCCCCCCAAGUAAUAAUAAUACCUGUUUGAACAAUGAA